GUGUGGCAAAUCUUGAUUUUUCCCGGAGAAGCUCGUCCUCUCCGAUAAGAAAAAGGGCUCGCCCUCCUCCGGACGUCUACUUGUAUCGGAUUGGCGUGGGGUGGAGGUCCGACUCGAGAUCGAUUUUCUUUGGUUGGUGAGGAACCGUAGCUUGCUUGGAUGGUGGAGUACCAGUCGAAUCUAUCAGUUCGUCCACGAUAAGUCCGGCCCCGAAGGCAACUGUAUCAAAUCGCCGGAGAACAACCAGGAAGCGGAUAAGAGAUCGAAUUUUGAGUUGCCCCGGCGAUGGCGAGCAGCUCGUCCUCGUCGCAGAUCAUCUGCGCCUCCUUCAAUCAGGACAACAGCUUGUUUUCGGUCGGGACGAAGAACGGGUUCAUGAUUUUCGACGCCCGUAGUGGGAGGCUCUGCUAUAAAAAGAAUCUUGGGGGAUUCAACAUUGUGGAAAUGCUAUUUGGCACAAGCCUUCUUGCCAUUGUAGGAACCGGUGAACAGCCUGCAAUGUCUCCUCGGCGCCUCUGUCUUUUCAAUACCAAAAAAGGAGCCUCGGUGAAAGAUCUGAACUUUAAGACUUCAAUCUUGGCUGUUCGAUUAAGUAGGAAGAGGCUUGUUGUUGUAUUGCAGCACAAGACUUUUAUUUAUGAUCUAAAUAGCAUUACUAUCUUGGAAGAAAUUGAAACAGUGUCCAAUACAAAAGGUCUUUGUGCAUUUGCUCCUAACUCAGAAGGGUGUUAUUUGGCUCUCCCGGCAAGCACAUCAAAAGGAUCUGCAUUAGUAUAUAAAGCAUCAGAAUCUGAAUUAAUAUGUCAGAUAGAUGCUCAUCAGUCUCCAUUAGUGGCAAUGGUUUUCUCUUCGAAAGGCAUGUACCUGGCAACGGCUUCUGAAAAGGGUACUAUCAUUAGAGUACAUCUUGUUGCACAAGCGACCAAGUCACAUAGUUUUCGGCGGGGAACAUACCCAUCAACGAUCUAUUCACUGUCAUUUAGUCCAUCUAUUGAUAUGCCUGACGUUCUUGUUGCCACUAGUUCAUCAGGCUCUUUGCACAUGUUUUUCCUUGAUGCUGUCAGAAACGGAAGGAGCCAAGCAAGUAAGUUGCUCAGUUCAGUGAUUCCUGGAUCAGUAACUGAUGCUUUGGACCCAGCUAAUCAUCAUGUUAUUCACAGUGUUGUCCCUGCAGAAAUCAAGAGCUGUCUGGCAGUGCAUAGUGUAGAAAAUUCCCAAAAUUCUUCCAAACUUCCUGCAUUGAGGACUGUAAUCUACAUUGUAACACAUGACGGAUACUUCCGGGAGUAUGUGAUCUGCACAACCAAGUCAAAUGAAUCUUCGUGGACUUUGGAGCGUGAAUUCAGUUUGCUGGACACUGGUUCGGGUAGUUUCAAGCAGAACGAGCAUCCCGUGGACUGAACUGAAUAUUGACUUACCAUGGAUCUGUCAACUGAUAACGCGGAUGAUGGAGAUGUUGAGCGACUAGUGGAAAGGAUGCACGGCGAAGUCAUGGAAGGGAUGCACGGUGAAGCCGUGUCACAGCCACUUAACUGCUUCAUGGCGUUAAGUAUUUGUUCCUGUAAGAGAGGACAGGACUACAACAUCAAUGGAGCUGAACAAAUUCAGUCUUUUUCAUUUUGAGUUGUUUGAUGGGUGGGUUUUCCUUUUCGUUUGUCAGUGUGUGUUUAUGGGGGGAUUUACCCUCUGAAGCAU